CACACACACACGCACACACACAGACACGAGCGGCCCACGGCGAACCAGACCCUCCCAGCUCCAGGCCAGGAAAGACAGCAACCCACUUCGCACGGAUCAGACCGACGACGCUCAGCCAGCGGGCUAGAGAAGGGGGAGCUACGUCAAGCCCCCUAAAAGCCACGGGCCAUGGCAUGGGGUUCGGAGGACGAAUGGAGAGCCCUCAGAACGAGGCCGAGGGACGGGAGCACACUGAAUGACCUCAGGCCCAGCAGGACAGGGGUGCGAUGUGUGUCUGUGAUGGUGAUGGACUACGGCGAUGAUGACAAUCGAAUCGACUGGGGAUGGACGAGCCUAGCCAUCAGCCACUCGAGCUUGGCCCCCUCUUUUUCUGCUGCUGCUGCAUUGCUGUGCCCGCCGCUGUGGUUCCCUAAUCGAAACGCAAAACGGGCUGCUCGUCUUUGCUCCCGCAGCCAUCGCAACAGUCUUCACACUUGGUCCAGAAUGACGCGCCUUUGCCCCAGUCGAGGACCCUACAGAGGUAAAAGGGGACCCAUUUCGCUCUCUUCCUCGCGCCCAGGGACUGACUGGGACCCGGUCACGGUCGCAUCCAUGCGUCGGCGUGGGCAUCCUUGCGCUCGCCUUGACUCUCUUGCUGGACUGAUGGGAAGAGGGGGAACGGAGGCGGCGGCUCGACAUGGUAGGUAGGUACGAACUAGGCAAUUCCUUCGCGCCCACGAAGCGUGUAAAUGAGAGACAGUGCUGUGCAGUGCGUUCAGCGCCUGUGGUUGGGAUCCACCGCUGGGCGAUCCAUCCACAUGGCACGAAAAUCCGCCAUUUGGAUCACCACGCACAGGCGCUCGCUGAAGGAAGCGAAGCAGACCCGGGCACCCAUAAUCAAGGCACAAUUGCCAUUGUCAG